AUGACUGUGCGUGUAUCUGUGGAGGGCAAACUGCGUACGGUCCUUCCUGGCUGCUUUCUUCCUCUCUCUCUCUUCUUAUUGACUUUCCUCUUUCCUUCACUCUCUCUUGAUUACUCUUUUAAGGUUUUCUUCUUUCCUCACUCACUCUCGAUUGCUCGUUAUGUAAAGUUUCUCUCUCUUUCUUAUUGCUUUUCUUCCUCUCUUUCUUUCUUCCCUCUCUUUAUUGAUUUUACUUCCUCUCUCUCUCUCUUAAUUACUAAAAGAUUUCCUCUCUUUCUUAUUGUCUUUCUUCUCUCCUCCUCCCACUCUCUCUUAUUGCUUUCCUCUUCUCUCUUUUCUUUAGUUGAUAUCAGGCUUUUUCUUCCUCUAUCUCUCGGUUACUCUUUCUUUAUAAAUCUUUUCUUAAAAUAUUUUUUCUUUUCUUGUUUACUUUUAAAAACUAUUUACGAUCGACUGGAAUAUCGACCGCCCACUCUCUCUUUGAACAAUACCCCUCACUUUCUUAAAACCUUUUUCUUUGCCUCUUCAUUUCGAAUUUUUUUUCGUUUAUUUUUAUUUUAUCUUUCUUCCCCAACUUUCCCUUCCCUAACAACACCUACCCACUCUUCCAACCUCACCUCUAGCUCUGACCUGUUAUCUUUCUUCAUCCCCCCCCCCGCCAACCUCAUCUCUCCUCUCUCCCACCUUUCUCAGCGUCUACCCAACCUCUUCCAAUUCGGACCCACCCUUUCUUUUUCUCCCUCUCCACUUCAUUAUCUUACAAACCUCUCCAUGGCCAGCCCUACUCUGACACGUAGCCUCACCUACCCACCCUACCUUCUUUUCUUCUCACAAGCCCCACCCUAUAAUAUAAGGAAGAGGAGAAAAGAUGGAGUGGGUGUGAAGAGGGAGAUGGCGGGAAGAGAGCGGGGAAGGUGA